AUGAUGUAUAAAAUACGUUAUAAACAUGUUGUAAUAGUUUUUGGUGCAUGUAUUGAAUCAAUUUUUAAUGCAAUUAUUAUGGAAUAUAUGCUAUUAGGUUCAUUAUAUGAUGUUUUACAUAAACAAAACGAUAAUAUAACAUUAACUUGGUUAGAUCGAUAUUCAUUAAGUUGGCAAAUGGCUAAAUACUUACAUAAUCUUAAUCCAUGUAUAAUUCAUCGUGAUAUAAAAUCAAUGAAUUUUUUAAUGAAAUUAAACGGAUGUCAACAACAUAGAUUUUUAUUAAAAGUAUGUGAUUUUGGUUUAGCAGAUAUUCGUCAUGAAAGUUUAUUAAAAUCAAUAAACAAUUCUAUAUCAUCUCAAAAGAAUGAAUAUGUUGAUGAAAUAGUGAUAGAAGCUCUUAUUAAAAUAGAAGAACGACCAAAAAUUCCAUUAGAUAUACCUGAAGAAUAUAAACAAGCAAUAGAAGAUUCUUGGAAUCAAGAUCCAUCGAAACGACCUAGUUGUUUUAAUUUAAUGGAACAAAUGUUUAAACAAAUGAAAAAUAUGAAACAAAUAGUUGAAUUAACAACAACUGCUAUAGAUUUAUAUCAUCAACAAAAGAAAACAAAUCUAUGCUAA